UCGAAUUCGGCUUUGUGGAGCCCUCACGAAGUGCCCUUAUCGCUUUCUUCUGAUAAUCGUGUUUUACUGGUGAGUUAGAUGAACUGAAGUAGCUGCCGAAUCGGAUGGAUGCAGGUGCAGCAGCAGCAGACGUCACGGAGCAGCCGGAGGAGGCAACGCCACCUGUCACGCCACCUCAGGCCAGUCCAGCAGCACCACCACCAGCAGCAGCGGCCGAUUCCACUGAAGAGGAAGAGCCGCACACCCCUCCCCCCCGCAACACCAGCAAGCUUAGUGCCAACUCUCUGGAUGCUGCGGGCGGCGCGGAUGAGGAGCCCUGCACCCCUCCCCCACCACCGCAGCGCAUGCCGUCCUCCCCAGGUCAAUAUGGCGAAAACCCGCCAGACCUCGGCCCUUCGCCCGUGCCGGAGGAGAGCCGUGACGACCCGACGCAGCCGACCGAGUUGGAGCACUGGCACACGCUGGACAUAGAGCGGCUGUUUGUGCGGAAGAACAAGGUGCGCGAACCGCUGUAUCGGUGUCCGCUGUGCGACGUGCGGACGUUCGAGCCGGCGGUGUAUGAUGAGCUGAUUGCGCACUAUCGGGAUGUGCACUGGAGGGAGAGGGUGAGGAUCGGUGAGUUCACCUGCUUCCCGUGCUUGAAGGUCAGCACUGUCACUGGGGGAGGGAGGGUGGGGAGGGGGUGUGCUGCACUGCACACACACGGGGAUCGGAUCUACCUACCGGUAAUGCCUCCUCUCACUCAUUUGAUUUGCCUGUUUGUUUCUUCUCUCGGUUUGUGUGUCUGACAUGUCAGCCUGAUUGUAACUUGCCGCCCUUGGAGGAUGCUGAUAGUGAGAACGCCCCUAUCAUUCGCCGCAGGUGCGUGUCUAACCGACACCACCACGCACACAAACACACACACACAUGCACACACACAGGCAGGAGUACGUGUGUAGCGCUUGGACAAACAUGCCCUACCACUGUGUGUGCAGCGGCCGCAUCAACAAGAACCCGCAGUUCGCAGGGCCGCCCCCCGCGCGUCACUGGCACUGCCCCCUGCAGGCAGAGGGCUGCGACGCCCAGUCCUACGACGUGGCCGACCUGCUGCAGCACUGCAAAGAGGCCCACGCCGGGACGAGAGCGGACCCCGCCAUGACGGGCGGCCAGGCGGCCCAGCGGCCGGGAGAUGACUAUGAGGUUUUCGCGAAUGCGGUGAGUCUUCAGAGUGUGACGAGAACACACACGCAUAGACACACAGACAGACAGACACUGGACAUGUGGAUGGACUUCUGUGGUCCGAUUGUGUGUGUGUGUGUGUGUGUAGGAGGAUGUAGCUCGUGAGUUGCCGUCGAAUCCUCCGUCGGAGGAGUGCGCCUGGCGCCGGUUUGAGCCCGACACACCCGCUCCGCCGCCCAGAAGAGGCCGCACCCGAUCACGUAGGGGUGACAACUGCAUGGGAUGACUGCCUGCCACUCCCUCACCUUUCCCUGUUUGCUGUGUUGUGUGUGCUGCACGUGUGUCGUGUCAGGUACCCGUUUGCUGUCCCCCCCUCCCCCGUACGCCCCCUCGCCCGCCACAGACCCGAGCGACUCGGACCAGGAGGUGCCCUCUCCCGACCUGCCAUCGCCCUCACCCCCACAGGCAUCUGCAUCUGCGUCUGCAUCAUUACCCCCAUCGCAGCCACAACAACAGCAGGAGGACCAGCAGCAGGAGGAGGAUGGAGAGCCCCCACAGCCACCGCCCGACGAAGAGGGGGAGGAUGGUGGCCUUGACGGCCGUGACAGCGAUGCCCGUGCCGAUCGGCACCAGGACACGUCGGCGAGUGAUGCGGUGAUGGAGGUGUCAUCCCCUGAGGUUCAGCAGGCCGUCCCAGAGCCACCAGCACCACCACCACCACCAGCAGACCCAGCACCACCACCACCAGCAGAAGCAGAGGCAUCGGUAGCUGCUGCAGCAGCUGCUGAUGAUGAUGAGGCGCCGGCAGCGGCUGCCAUUGACGGAGAGGCGUCGAUGAUGGGCGAUGGAUGUGGUGGUGGCGACAGGGGCGUCGAGGGUGGCAGGAGGGGCAUUCUCAAGAGGGUUGGGGAUGCGCCCAGGGUGAUACAGGGAGGACUCAAGAGGAAAGUGGGCUUCGACAAGCAGGUCAGUGGGUGCGUCCCGGAGUGGGUGAGAGGAACGCACUCCGAAACAUUGCAGCAUGCAGCGAUGGGUGGGGAUAGCCGGGGCGGGCAAAAGUGUGUGGUGGUGUGUGUUUUUGCGCCUUCUUCUUUCAGGUCCGUGUCCGCCACUUUGAUAUGCAGCUUGCUAGACUGGAGAAACUCGGCACGCGAUCAGGUAGGUCCUUCUGUGACACAAUCAAUCCAUCUGUACCAUCCAUCCAUUCAUCGCUUCCUCUGGCCCCACACGCAGGUCCGAUCGACCUUGACGACGAGAGCGACAGCGAGGAGGACGACGAGACGUGGCGGCCCCGCGCCAAGGCCAAGAGCAAAGCCAAAGCCAAAGCAGCCAAGUCCAAGCCGAAGGCCAAGGGCACCCCCAAGGGCAAGCCACGGCCACGCACACCAGCUCGCUCUGCUCGGGGACGGCCCCCUCCCUUCGAUGACGCAGCACACGAGAGCCAAGACGAGUCCGACGAGGACGAAGAUGCCCCCCUGGCCAGGCCCAAGAGGACCCCCCGCGCCAAGGCUCAGCGUGACCGUGCGGCGGCGGCGAAGGCCAAGAAGAGGGGCGCCAAGGGCCGCGCGGCCAGUGCGUCAAGUGCGUGCGGUGAUGACGACAUCCUUCCCCCGCCCGUCGACCCGCAGCCCAUCGAUGUCGAUCAGGACUUCACCUCGCCGCCACCGCCUUACGAAGACCGAGACGGCAAAGAGGGAGACGAUGGCAGGGCGGGGUCGCCACGAGGUGUAGGUGUCAAGCGGAGCCGACCGCGCGACACAUCGACGCCGACCAACGGUCUGUGCGAGCGGAUGGAGGCGUUGCAGUGCGGAAGUGGGGAUGGGGCGGGUGAUGAUGGGCAGGCUGAGAGGGAUGAGAAAAAGAGGGAGCCGCGGAUAAAGCGGCGUCGUGUCAAGAAAGAGACCAAGGACGACGCGGCAGCGAUGGACGAGGGAUGAUCGUCGUCAGGUGUGGAUGGAUGGAUGGAUGGACAGAUGUCGGAGGUUGGUUGAUGUAUAGCCACACAGACAGACAGACAGACAGACGGUGGUCCGAUUGACUGAUAGAUAGGCUGGCUGCGUCGUGAGUGAGGCUCGCUGCUGCAAGUGCAGCAGAGACAGCGGCAGACUUGCAAGGUGUUACUCGGUCUCUCUGUGUGUUGCCACCGCAUAACACACAC